UUUUUUUUUUAACGUUUCAAUCAUUAUCAAAUCUUAUAUAAGUUUUGUAAAUUAAUAAUACUAUUACAUAGUGAUGGUAUAUUUAUCCGAGCCAUAAAUGAAAUGUUAAAAGCAACACGAGUUGCAGUAGACAGCUGACACAAACCCACUCACCUUUCUGCUCCUACUUCUAUACCACCAUUUUCAAAUAUCCUACUCCCCCUUCCACCCUCCACCGCCCGGAAUAUCACUCCAUGGCCACCUUCCUUUCCUUCUCUUUUUUCCUUUUCCUCUCCGUCUCCGUCUCCGUCUCUGCCACCCCCCACACCACAUUCAUUGUACGAGUCCAACACGACGCCAAGCCCUCCCUUUUUCCCACUCAUCGCCACUGGUAUCAAUCUUCCCUCACUGCUCUUUCCGACCACUCCCAUCCCCUUUCUUCUCGCAUCAUCCACACCUACCACACCGUCUUCCAUGGCUUCUCCGCCCAGCUCUCUGCUCUUGAGGCUUCAAAACUCCAAUCGUCUUACGGUGUCCUCUCUGUCAUUCCCGAACAAGUUCGUCACCUGCACACCACCCGUUCGCCUCAAUUCCUCGGCCUCAAAACAUCCGAUACGUCUGGCUUGUUGAAGGAGUCAGAUUUCGGCUCCGAUCUGGUGAUUGGAGUCUUGGAUACUGGGAUUUGGCCUGAGAGACAGAGUUUCAAUGACAAGGGGUUAGGUCCGGUGCCGGGUAAGUGGCAAGGCGCUUGUGUUGUCUCCACUAAUUUCCCGGCCACUUCUUGUAACCGCAAGUUAAUCGGAGCCAAGUACUUUUCUGCUGGAUACGAAGCAACAAAUGGUAAGAUGAACGAAACGUUGGAGCAUCGGUCGCCGCGAGAUUCAGAUGGUCAUGGAACUCACACAGCUUCCAUCGCCGCUGGCAGAUACGUUUUCCCGGCAUCAACUCUUGGCUACGCCCGUGGUGUCGCUGCUGGAAUGGCGCCAAAAGCUCGUCUCGCCGCCUACAAGGUUUGCUGGAACGCUGGUUGCUUCGAUUCCGAUAUCCUCGCCGCCUUCGACUCCGCCGUGUCCGACGGCGUAGACGUUAUAUCGCUAAGUGUUGGAGGCGUUGUUGUUCCCUACUACCUCGAUGCAAUCGCAAUCGGUGCUUAUGGCGCCUCCGAUCACGGUGUUUUCGUCUCUGCUUCCGCCGGAAACGGUGGUCCUGGAGGGCUCACAGUCACCAACAUAGCACCGUGGGUAACCACUGUCGGAGCGGGAGCAAUUGAUCGUGACUUCCCCGCCGACGUAAAGCUUGGAAACGGGAAAUUAAUUCCCGGUGUCAGCGUCUACGGUGGACCCGCAUUGGCUCACCACCGUCUCUAUCCACUCAUUUACGCCGGAAACGAAGGCGGCGACGGUUACUCUGCAUCUUUGUGUCUAGAAGGUUCAUUAAACCCUAAAUCCGUAAAGGGGAAAAUCGUUUUAUGCGACAGAGGCAUCAAUUCAAGAGCUGCUAAAGGUGAAGUCGUAAAGAAAGCCGGCGGCAUCGGAAUGAUAUUAGCAAACGGCGUCUUCGACGGCGAGGGUUUGGUCGCCGAUUGCCACGUUUUACCUGCAACAUCCGUGGGUGCAUCAUCCGGCGACGAGAUUAGAAGGUACAUCAUGUCAGCUUCAAAAUCCACAUCUCCGCCGGAAGCCACAAUCAUUUUCAAAGGAACCAGAAUAAACGUCCGACCUGCACCCGUCGUGGCCUCAUUCUCCGCCCGUGGACCGAACCCAGAAUCGCCGGAGAUUUUGAAACCGGACGUCAUUGCUCCGGGACUCAACAUUCUUGCAGCUUGGCCGGAUAAAGUAGGUCCGUCGGGGCUUGCUUCCGAUAAGCGAAAAACGGAAUUCAACAUAUUAUCAGGAACAUCCAUGGCGUGCCCUCAUGUUUCUGGCCUGGCGGCCCUGUUGAAGGCGGCCCAUCCGGAAUGGAGUCCGGCCGCCAUAAAAUCUGCAUUGAUUACAACGGCGUAUACAUUAGACAAUCGAGGGGAAACGAUGAUCGACGAAUCAACGGGAAACUCGUCGACGGUGAUGGAUUACGGAGCUGGACAUGUUCACCCACAAAAAGCCAUGGAUCCGGGAUUAAUCUACGACAUAUCUUCAUACGAUUAUGUAGAUUUCCUGUGUAAUUCGAAUUACACAACCAAAAACAUCCAAGUGAUCACAAGAAAGCAUGCGGAUUGCAGUGGGGCGAAACGGGCAGGACAUUCAGGGAACUUGAAUAUUCCGUCAAUGACGGCGGUUUUCCAGCAAUACGGUAAAGGGAAAAUGUCGACACACUUUAUCCGAUCGGUGACGAAUGUGGGGGAGGCGAAGUCGGUUUACGAAGUGAGGAUAAAGGCAGCGAGAGGGAUGGAGGUGAGGGUGGAACCGAGGAAGCUUGUGUUCAGGAGGGUGGGGCAAAAGCUCAACUUUUUGGUGAGGGUGAAAGUGGAGGAGGUGAAGCUAGCGGCGGGGAGUGGGGUGACAAAAAGUGGGUGGAUAGAGUGGUGGGACGGGAAGCAUAAUGUGGCAAGUCCGGUGGUUGUGACGAUGCAAGAACCGGUUUGA